AUGGAUAAUUAUGAAGAAGAACAAGAUUUCCCUCAAGUACCAGUGUGGCUGGAGAUACUCGGCCAGGCUUUCCAGGACUGCUUGAAGGUUCAAUCCGAAAUUGAAAGGAUGGACAAUGGAGACGCCCCGUUAGUGAAGCAUCUCCAGGAACGCCACCAGUUCCAGAGUAGAUACUGUGCAACCAAGGGAUGGUUGAUGAACAGGCGAUUGCUGGACCUGAACUCAACCAUCAAUGUACAUGAUGCAGCUCCAGCUCAACCUACUAGCUUCCUCCUACGGUUGCCAAAAAUAGAUCUGCCGAAGUUUGACGGCGACUAUUCACGGUGGCUGGGAUUUCGUGACACCUUCAAAUCGAUGGUACAUGACGUCAAGGACAUUCCACUGGUAGCGAAGCUACAGUUCCUGCUCCAGUCUUUAGAGGGUGAGACACGUACGCCUUACGAGACGGUGGAUAUAGCGGCAGCCAAUUAUGUCAUCACCUGGGAAGCCCUCCUAAAGCGCUAUGAUAACAAGCGGUUUUUAACAAAACAGUUGUAUCGUACACUACACGAUCUCGCUCCAAUCCGGAAAGAAUUUGCACAGGAUCUCCAUCAUCUUGUAGACGAUUUUCAACGCCAUGUGAAGGAACUGGCGAAGCUUGGUGAGUUGGUGGAAACGUGGGACACUCCGCUGAUUUGUAUGUUGUCCUAUAAAAUGGACCCUGCUACCCUCAGAGCCUGGGAGGAGUAUGCAGCAAAGUCGGAUAAUGUUGGGUACGAAGCAUGUAUCGAGUUUCUCUACCUGCGAAUUCGGAUUCUGCAAACAGUGUCAACAGAGAUCCAACAUCGUUCUCAAGCAGCACCAGCCAAGGUGGCCGGUCCCCAUUCCUUCAGCAAGAAGCUCCCCACUACGAAGGCGGUUGCCAACUCCGCUACCGCAACCUUUCAAAGAAUGACCGUUGAGCAGCGCCGCGAACUAAUUUCCCAGAAGCGACUUUGCUGGAACUGCUUCAAAUCGUCGCAUAGCGCACGGAGACGCGACUCCAAGUACACCUGUCGUCAUUGUCACGAACGCCACCACACGCUGUUGCACAAAUCCUCGAGCGACUCUGCAGCACAGUCAACACCCCAGUACCCGACACAACAAGCGAAUUUCCACGGAUCGGAUAUUUUGAUUCCCGAAGUAAGCGUUCCUGCUCAUAGCAGUUCCCCAUCAACUGUUUUCCUGUCCACUGUUUUGCUGUGGAUCGAGGAUCGAUUUGGAAGACAACAUUCUGCUCGAGCAUUAAUCGACUCUGGUUCGCAGUCGAACUUCAUCUCAAAGAAGCUGGCUCGUCGUUUGUGUCUACAGUCAGAUCGAGUACGUGUUCCCAUCGCUGGCAUCGGUGAGACAACAGUGACGGUUACCCAGUCUGUCAUCUCCACCAUCCAUUCCAAGAACAACGAGUUUUCCAGCAAGUUAGAGUUCCUGGUUUUACCGAAUCCAACCGCUGAACUUCCUACGUCAAAUGUCGACAUAUCCAUGUGGAAAAUCCCGUCAAACUUCCCAUUAGCUGACCCUGCAUUCAACGUGUCGAGUCCUAUCGACCUGUUACUCGGAAUCGAACAAUUCCACGAAUACGUGAUGAGUGGUAGAAUAAUCCUCGGGAAAGGAUGUCCACCCGACCGAAUCUAUUCUGCUAAGGAGACCGCCUGCGAGGAGCUAUAUCAGGCCACUACGACUAGAAAUUCCGACGGGAGAUAUAUAGUGUCUCUUCCCAAAUCACAGGACCCUUACAUUCAACUCGGUGAAUCCCGUGCAAUUGCCGAAAGGCGUCUACUAUGCUUGGAGAGAAAACUUGAACGUGAUGCAUCCGUAAAGAAAGCAUACCAUGAGUUCUUGGAGGAAUAUUCACGGGCAGGCCAUAUGCGACGGCUCGAGGAUCCGGUGGACGACUCCAUUUACCACUACUAUUUGCCACACCACCCCGUAUUCAAAGCCAGCAGUACAACCACGAAAGUACGGGUUGUUGCGUACGCCCCUUACGCGACGCCGCACCUACUACGGUGA